AACCAAAAUAAUAACAAUAGAUAUAACUAACAAUUUGGUAUUAAUAAAAAAAAAUGAUUGAUCAAAUUAUGAUAAUUUAUUCCUCCAACCUAUCUACCUGUAUAUAAACUAAAGGCACUGAUCUGAUGCAAGGAAGGAAAAUUCAAGAAUACAAACUAGAGUAAUAGCAGAAUGACUUUGUACGACGAUGAUGAGCAGAUUGAGAUUUCAGAUACGUCUGCUGGGACUCAAUCAUCCGACAAAGGAGACGGAAAGACAAAGCUAACUAUCAAAAGAAAGGAUGAGGCGCCGCUGAAAGAAACCGAUUUCGAAGUGUUGCUGGAGCUGACGGGCACAGCGGAUUUGAAGGACAGAACGGGACUUGAUCUGGUUGCUGUAUUAGAUAUUAGCGACAGCAUGAAGUUCGAAGAAGGAAAGAAACUGAAGAGAAUGAAAACUGCGAUGCAAUUCGUGAUCAAGAAACUUACGCCGAAUGAUCGUCUCUCAGUUGUCACAUUCGCGAAAACAGCUGCAAGAAAAUGCGCGUUGGAAAAGAUGGAUGUCGCUGCUCAAGCGAAGAUCGGAGAACUAGUCGAAAAUUUAACAGCAAGUGGGCUUACGAACAUAGUUGAUGGCCUUUUAGUAGGCAAACAAAUCCUCGACGGCCGCAAAUUGACUAUGGGACGCGCCUCUGCCGUCUUGUUUAUGUGCGAUGGUGAAGACACCGUGUAUAAAGAAAAUGUUAGAGAUGUUCUCCAGCAGCAGAUUCCUGUAAUCAAUUUCCCUGUAUACACAUUCGGUUUUGGCAGAAAACAAGAUGCAGUGCUACUGAAAGAAAUCGCAGAUAAGAGCCCGGGAGGAACUUAUUCGGAUGUUCAAAAUGAGGAAAAUUUGACGAAAGCGUUUUCCCAGUGUUUGGCUGGGCUUCUUACUAUCGUCGCUCCUGACUUGACGUUGACCAUCACACCGGAGAAGAACUCAAAGAUAAUCUCAGUGACAGAUGUGGGUUUUAAAAAAUCCACAAACGCUGAUGGCUCACUCACAAUUUUCUUCGGAGAUCUCUUCAGUAAAGAAAUACGCAAGGUUAUAGUUUCGCUUAGUCUAUCCGAGAUUAAACUUAGACCACGUCGAAAAACAGCCUCCUCCGACAUUCUCCAAGUCAACUAUACCUACACCUAUUCUAAAGGGAUCAUAUUUCGGGCUGAUGCUCAACUCGUUAAUAUAACUAGAUCUGCGACACCAAAAGUGACACAAGAGAACGAGGACAUUUUGAUUGAAAAGGAUCGUCUGGCUACAUUAAAGGCGAUAAAAGCUGCAAUAGCUGAGGCUGAUCGCGAUAAUCUGGCAGGAGCAGUUUCCAUUCUCGAUGCUGCCCAGAACUCGCUUCAUGAUGCUGUCUAUGACCGUAAUGAAAUGAUAGAGAUAAUGAAAUACGAGCUGAAAAAGAUCUUAGCAUUUAUGAUAACUGCUGAUUCCUACAAAAAGAGAGGGCGUCCAUUCGCACUUUCAUGUGUGAUUGCUCAUGAUCGCCAGCGUUAUGCUACGAAAGGUGACAUUGAUUUGGAAAUUAUGCGUUUAUUUGCCACGCCACGAAUGAACCAAGGCCUUGUGCAAGCGACAAACUUCGACAAGGAUUCCAGCAUAUCACCACCUACAGCGGAUGAGGAUACGAAGGAAGAACUUAAAAAUAAUCCGUAUGGUCCGGUGGCUGAACGUCUUGGGAACCAUAAUCAGAAUGCAAAGAAUUCUCUAUUACAGAAUGAUAACAAAUUUGAGAAUGUCGAGACACUUGAAGACAUUGAAAAUAUAGCACGAAAUGUUCGGAAUGCCAUCCAAUCGCUAGAGAAGAUGCUCGACUCUAUUAAGGAUCUCCUUGCAGCCUUGAAAAGCAGCCAGAAAACCUGAAUACCUUUAAUCACUUGGGUUUCCAUGGGAAAGCCAAACCUUUCAGUUUAUGAAAUUGCAUUAUUGUAAUAAAAAAAUCUUUUGUUCUAUUUGAGGCGAAUCUAUUGCAUAUUAAAUGGCAUUAUUGUAAUAGCAUGCAAUAAAAGACACCGAAAUUAAUGGUAAUUGAAAUGUCCAAAGCAUAUAUGGUACAAUUUCGUUGUAAUUUCUACAUAAAAUGAAAUUGAAUUAUGAGAUUACGUAUUUUAGUA